GAACUCCCACUUGCCGCACGCCCUCCCAGUAACGGCGCUCACCAUUCGUCAGAUGGCUUCUUGGCUCUACCAAUGGGAGGCUCCAUUGUUAGAGCCCCGCCCCCGAGCCCUGUCAUGGCCGCGUCCAGGGUUCCUACUUGCGCAGGAGACCGGGAUGCUAGGGUUUUUGUCGGCGCGACAAGCCGGAUUGGACGACCCUCUUCACCUACGAAGAGCGGAGUCCACACGAAGGGUUUUGGGACUGGAGUUAAACAAAGACAGAGAUGUUGAAAGGAUCCACAGCAAUGGAGUUAACAGCCUGGACAUUGAACCUGUUGAAGGGAGAUACAUGUUAUCAGGUGGUUCAGAUGGUGUGAUUGUACUUUAUGAUCUUGAGAACUCCAGCAGACAACCUUGUUACACAUGUAAAGCAGUGUGUUCUGUUGACAGAUAUCAUCCUGAUGUUCACAAAUAUAGUGUGGAGACUGUACAGUGGUAUCCUCAUGACACUGGCAUGUUCACAUCAAGCUCAUUUGAUAAAACUCUGAAAGUAUGGGAUACAAACACAUUACAAACUGCAGAUAUAUUUAAUUUUGAAGAAACAGUUUAUAGUCAUCAUAUGUCUCCAGUUGCCACUCAGCACUGCUUGGUAGCAGUUGGUACUAGAGCGCCCAAAGUACAACUUUGUGACUUAAAGUCUGGAUCCUGUUGCCACAUUCUACAGGGUCACAGACAAGAAAUUUUGGCAGUUUCCUGGUCGCCACGUUAUGAUUAUAUCUUGGCAACUGCAAGUGCUGACAGUAGAGUAAAAUUAUGGGAUGUGAGGAAAGCAUCAGGAUGUUUGAUUACUCUUGAUCAGCAUAAUGGGGAAAAGUCACAAGCUGUUGAAUCAGCCAACACUGCUCAUAAUGGGAAAGUUAAUGGCUUAUGUUUUACAAGUGAUGGGCUUCACCUGCUGACUGUUGGUACUGAUAAUCGAAUGAGGCUCUGGAAUAGUUCCAAUGGAGAAAACACACUAGUGAAUUACGGAAAAGUUUAUAAUGACAGUAGGAAAGGAUUGAAAUUCGCCGUCUCCUGUGGCUGCAGUUCAGAAUUUGUUUUUGUACCAUAUGGUAGCACCAUUGCUGUUUAUACAAUUUACUCAGGAGAACAGAUAACUAUGCUUAAGGGACAUUAUAAAAGUGUUGACUGCUGUGUAUUUCAGUCUAAUUUCCAGAGACAGAGACACAGUCAAGAUUUUAAUCCAGUUGGGACCUCAACCAGAUCACAUUUAAAUCCAGCAUUUGAAGAUGCCUGGAGCAGCAGCGAUGAGGAAGGAUGAAUGUCAAUCCUAAGUACCUUUGUGUCUCUAUUAAUGAAAAUUUUAAAAUGGA